AUGGAACGAUGCAGAAAUUGGAAAAAUUCAGUCAACAUGGAGAAAAAUGAGCUCACAAGGCGAUGGAUGCAGGCACAUGAUAACAACUACUGUGGAAAUCCUGACAAGGAUUCUGGAGGAGAUUGGUGCUAUGUUGAUGCUCCGCCGGGCUUUUGCGCAGAGAAGUGUGGAUCAACGGAACAACCACCCAUGACAACAGUUGUACAAGUCGCACGACCCGCAAGACAACCUUCUGAAAAGCCAGUUUGUCGGCCAAGGACCGAAAGUCUUUUUCAAUUCAGAGAUGGUCUUGGUGCUAUAAGACGACCAACAAAAUGGGAUGUCCCUGAUCAAGUCCCAAGCAACUCGUUAAAUACUUCCGUGCCGCAACAGGAUGUUCUUGAUGGGAGAAGCGCAAUGAUGGGGCUGAUUCCUUGGCAAGUUCAGUUGAUUGGACCUGCCGGCUGUGGUGGGACGAUUAUUUCUUCGAGAAUCGUCAUCACGGCAGAACAUUGUCUAAAGUCACCGAAUCCUGAAAGGUGGCGCGUUAAAGCCGGGCAUAUUCAUAAAUCGGCAUUUCGUUCGCAAAAUGAAGGCCAGAUAAGACGUGUCGCUAAAAUCAUCACGACUGCGUGCUUGCCCCCGAAAAACUUCAAGCCAGUCGGAGGAGACUGUAUCAUCUCUGGCUGGGGCAAAACAACCGAUGUUGGAAGGUCGUCAAGUCGACUUCUUUGGACGCUCAUACCGCUUUUUGACCGAAGCGUUUGCAGAAGAAAGUUACGUGGGUAUUCCAUCACUGAUCAUAUGAUCUGCGGCGGCGGUUCUGGCCCAGAUACGUGUAAGGGAGAUAAGGGAGGACCUCUUGUUUGUGCUUUGAGAGAUAACAACGGGGAAAAUCAGUACGUUCUCGCUGGAGUGACAUCCUGGGGAAUCGGCUGUGGAAAAACUCCCGGAAUCUACGCCGAAGUGGCGGAUUAUCUUAAUUGGAUAAAUGAAAUUAGUUCUCAAUACCCUUAA